CGCGACAACUUUAAUCACGCGAGAGUGUGGCGUCACAUCCGGGAAAAGGUAGAAACCAGAAAAGAUACAAACGAAUCCUUUGCUGUAAACAUACAUUCGUUCAUGGGAUUCCACAACACCUCAGUUAAUCUGGUUUUUAUAUAAAUAUUAUACUAGGAAUAUUUAAAGAUGUCUGAAGAGUUGGUAAAGCAGUUGAACAAUUAUAAAGCUCAGCUUGCGCAGGUGGAAGCGGCGCUCUCUACAGAUCCAGAUAAUGAAGAUCUGCUCAAACUGCAGAAGGACCUUCAGGAGGUGAUUGAGUUGACAAAAGACCUGUUGACAUCACAGCCAGUGGAGGGUGCAGCCAGCACCAAAAGCUCAGAGGCAGUUGCUCCCACUCGCAGCUGGAGAGUCGGAGACCGUUGCAUGGCCACAUGGAACAAGGAUGGACAGGUAUAUGAAGCAGAAAUUGAAGAGAUUGACAAUGAGAAUGGCACGGCAGCCGUCACCUUCUCUGGCUAUGGCAACGCAGAGGUAAUGCCGCUUCAUAUGCUUAAACCAGUGGAGGAAGGCAGGAGUAGAGAAGAGAAGGAUGGAAAACCCAAAUCUAAGAAAGAGCUGCUGGCAGAGCAGAGGGAAUAUAAGAAGAAAAAGGCCCAGAAAAAGGUGCUGCGCAUGAAGGAGCUGGAGCAGGAGAGAGAAGAUCAGAAGUCCAAAUGGCAGCAGUUUAACAAUAAAGCCUAUUCCAAGAAUAAAAAAGGACAGGUGAAGAGGAGUAUAUUUGCAUCUCCAGAGAGUGUGGAUGGAAAGGUUGGCGUUGGCACGUGUGGUAUCGCAGAUAAACCCAUGACCCAGUACAAUGACACUUCAAAAUAUAAUGUCAGGCACCUAAUGCCCCAGUGAUCUCCCUUGUGUUCUGUCUGUUCUCAUCUGUAAUCACCAAAAAUGAAAAUGGAUCGAACUGAAACCUAUUUAGAAAUCAUAAACAGAUCUGAUUGGACAUGAAAUAAGUAUAGUAACACAUUUCCCCUCUUGUACCAUUUCCAGUAAUAGUUGGUGUUUGUUCUGUGGAUGUAGGAGCUGUUCUGUACUGAACGAGUCUCUGGGUGUAGUAACGAAUAAAACAUAGUCCUCAGUGAGGCAUAACUCCUGGUUAGUUUAACAGGUUUUCCUCAUGCUCUCAGGGGCAAGUCUCUGCAGGAGCUGCUGAGGAUGGGAACUCUGCUCUAUAGUUUUUAUAAUGUGUUGAACAAACAUUAAUGGAAACACUGGCCUCCCUCAUACAUAGUGUAGAUAGGGAAGACAAGUGUCAUCGAACAGAUUAAGCCGUUUCUUUUUGUUUUGCUCAGUCCACCUCUGUCUAAUAAGUAUUCUGCUGCAGUCCAUUUGUUGUUACAUUUGCUUUUCAGUUUUGUAUAUUUACAUAUUUUAGAGGAAUAAAUGUGGAUUUGUUGACAUUUCUAUAA